AUGGCUGUUUGGAAACUUUCUGGGUUUACACACGACUAUGAGCAUGAAGUUAUAUUUAAGGAGUGGCUGUUGGGCAUCCAAAGUCGACUACAAGCCGAUGAACAAGCUUAUUUUUUGUUCUUCUCUGAUCAUUAUGGUUCAAUAGAAACAAAGCAUGACAAAGUGAAGCGACGAUGUCUCCUG